AUGCUUCCUCUCUCUUUUAGUGUUGGUGUAAUUUCUCAUAUUCCAGCAGGCAGGACUUUAAAUAUGACUUUUACCAGACUUGUGGAGGGACGUCAUGUGACUGUGGCUCUACCUGGUCUAAAAAGGAUUCUUUCACUCUGCGAAGUGGAAGUCUACGGGUACCGGGCCCCAAAUGGAGAGAACCUGGCACUCCAAGGAAAAGCUACACAGUCAUCCCAACAUUCUACAGGCACGGCAUAUAAUGCUAUAGAUGGGAAUCGUGCCAGCGUCUGGACCCAGGCCUCUUGUGCUCACACAGUCCAGGAGUUAAACCCCUGGUGGCGACUAGACCUGGGCAAAACCCACAGAGUGUUUUCUGUUACCAUAACUAACUACAAAACUCUUAAUUUACAACUUGCUGGAGCUGAGAUCCGAACUGGAGAUUCUCUUAAUGACAAUGGCAACAGCAAUCCCAGGUGUGCUGUGAUCUCAAGAAUCACUCCAGGUUUCACCGAAACUUUCCAGUGUAACGGGAUGGACGGUCGCUACGUUAACAUCAUCAUUCCUGGAAGAAGUGAGUACCUGACCCUGUGUGAGGUGGAGGUCUACGGCUCCAGACUGGAUUAG